AUGUCUUCGGCACCUGUCAAGAGGAAAGCAGAAGACAUCCUGGAUGACAAGUUCUUUGCAAUAUGGAACAUGAGUAGGGACGGCGUCCCGGUCAACAAGAUUGCUGCGUACUUCGGCCUGAGCACAGACGAAGUGGUGGCAGGCUUGGGUAAGAGACCCCGUGCCAGUCCUGCCAGCCAGGAGACUGGAAACAUCUCACCGGCGGGUGAGAUUUCCGAGGAAGGUACCGAGUCCCUCGUGAACCGGCUUCUGACUGAUCCGGAAGAGUUUGUGUGCCCCAUCCUGCACACAUUGAUGGAGCAUCCAGUUGUGGCUGAGGACGGCUUCACCUAUGAGCACUCCGCCAUCCUGGAGGCCCUGCAGCGUCGUGGCUUCAGCCCUACAACCAACACCCCCAUCGGGAACAAGGUCAUUCCCAACCAGCUGCAGAAGACUGCAAUCACCAGCUACAAGGAGAAGACUGUCCAGGAAAUCUUGUCAGUGGCCUCAUCUCUGACGAGCGCCCACGCACUGCAGUUGCUGGAAAGGGCAGAGGCCUUCGUCCGCUCUUCCCUGCCCUGUCGUACCGCGCGCAGGCAGCUCGCGAGGCUCCUGCAAGUCAAGGCAAAUCUGCCUGCCGACCUUCGCGGCACAGCAGUCAAAGAUCUGCUGGGCGUGCUUGUGAAUGACUCAGAUGAUGAUGCAACUAGGGAAUUCCUGAGCAAUUUCGAAGACUGGGAUGUCAUGGCACACUUGGAUUCCUGCAGUGACCAAGAUAUUGCCAGAUUCCAAGAAGUUGCUCGUGCAUCACCUAUGCUGCUGUGUCAUGAGAGCUUGGACAAACUGUUGGCACGCAGGCUGGCAGCAAAGUUGCAGCAUGAAGGUGGCGCAGCGUCCUUGUGGCUGCAUGUUCAGAAACUUGCGUCAGAUGAAGAUCGUAGUGAUCAGUGGAUGAACGCGGCAGCAUUGGUGCUUUCAGCUGCGCACGAGAAGAUUAAGUGCAACCUUGCAGAUCUUUCAGAAGACCUCUUGACGGCAGCCACCGAAUUUCUUCGAGAUCCAGCACGCGCGGUGACUGAAGCUGAGCGUGUAUAUGGCUGCGAUCUUGGCCUCAAGCACGCUACCGGUCGCCUCUCGGCAACUUUGGCAGCAGUGUUGCUCGAGCGAGCGAGGCGCUGCGAUUCAGCGAGCCAGGACAGAGAAGACUUUUUGGCUGAAGCUUGGACGUCCGAUUCCAGCAACCACGAAGUCCGUGGCGGCUUGUUGAAGCUUUUGCUUAUAAAACUGGAAGCCGGUGGUCCACUUGAGAAAGAGGGCAUCCUUCUGGAGUUAUUCUUUGCACAACACAGGAGAGUGCCAGAUCGUUGGCUGUCCACUCUACCUCUUGCAGAUGCAAGCCUUCAGACCCUAGGCCCAAGAAAUUGCAUGACUCUUGCAGAGCAGCUUGCAGAAGCAAGUCGGCGCGUGCAUGCUGCCAAGAUUGCUGUCUUCGCUGCAAAGGCUUUCGACGAUGCUGGGGACAAAGAUGCUGCUCAGAAGGCAUACAUUCGAGCGUACGACAUGGAUCGCACAAAUCAGGAUGCAUCUCACGGUGUGGUAGAGAGCUGUUGCGCAACGCGCGAAACCUGCUUGAACUUACAACGAGAAAUUGUCGCGAUGAGAAAUGGCCUGGAAGAGGAGCGGAAGAAGAGAGAGAGCUUCGAGACCACCAACCAAGAGCUGCGCCUGAAGCUCGAGGCAAAGCAGCAGGAGCAUGAAAGUACAUUGGCAUCCUAUCAGAAGCGAAUCGAAAGGCUGGAAGGCUUCAUGAAGCCUCAAAAUAGUAAAGGGUUCUCAAAAGGUCUAGCGUUUAGGGUUUAG